AAUUCCCCAACAGAGAGGUAGAGAGAGAGAGAGAGAGAGAGAAACCGUCUGAGCCAAGGUCAAACCCAACACCACGAAAAACACCGACAGACACCAUUUUCUCGCCGGCGACUUCUUGAUCCUGCUGUGUGUGUCAGAUUCCGGCGGUCUCGAUUUUUAAAUGCUCUAUCUGAUCGUCAGUUUCCGGCAACGGUCGGCGGCGGCGGAGGCGGAGGGAGGAGGAGACGGCGGCGGAACAGUUAUCAUUGCCGGUAAGUCCCCGGUGAGCGGUGAAACUUGAAGAAGUGUUUGAUUAUGAAGAAAACACAAGAAAGCAACAAGACGAAGCACACCUUCAUCCCCAAUUCUGUGAGGUUUCUUUCCUCUUGUUUGAAGACUGUCUCUUCCAACGUUCGCUCCGCCGGAGCUUCCGUCGCCGGCUCUAUUUCAAGCGACCACCACAAACACCAGGUUUUAUGGGCUUCCUUUGACAAACUAGAAAUUAGCCCAUCUGUCGUCAGGCACGUUCUCUUACUUGGUUACUCCAAUGGCUUUCAAGUCCUUGAUGUAGAAGAUGCUUCUAAUUUCAGUGAAUUGGUUUCGAAGCGUGAUGAUCCAGUCACAUUUUUACAAAUGCAGCCCAUCCCUGCUAAGUCCGAGGGUCGGGAAGGAUUUAGAACAUCACAUCCCUUGCUUUUGGUUGUUGCAAGUGAUGAAACAGGAAGCUUAUCUCCCAUGCAAAAUGGGAGAGAUGUCAGAGAUGGUUAUAUUGAACCUCAAACAGGGAGCCUUCUCAACUCUCCAACAGCUGUUCGGUUUUAUUCAUUAAGGUCUCACAACUAUGUUCAUGUUCUGAGAUUCCGGUCAACUGUGUAUAUGGUUAGAUGCAGUCCACGAACAGUGGUUGUGGGCCUUGCUGCACAAAUAUACUGCUUUGACGCUCUUACUCUUGAGAGUAAAUUCAGUGUCCUUACUUAUCCUGUUCCUCAGUUGGGGGGUCCGGGAAUGGUUGGAAUUAAUAUUGGCUAUGGCCCAAUGGCUGUGGGCACCAGAUGGUUAGCAUAUGCAUCCAACAACCCAUUGUCAUCAAACACAGGACGUCUAAGUCCCCAAAACCUUAGCCCGUCUCCAGGUGUAAGCCCUUCUACCUCGCCUGGCAAUGGAAGUCUGGUGGCUCGGUAUGCAAUGGAAUCAAGUAAGCAGUUAGCUGCUGGUUUAAUGAAUCUGGGAGACAAGGGCUACAAAACUUUAACUAAAUAUUAUAAUGAUCUUCAUCCUGAUGGUUCUAGCUCUCCCGUGUCAUCAAAUUUGGCCUGGAAAGUUGGCAGGGCUGCAGCACAAUCAAAUGAAACUGACAUUGCUGGAACGGUUGUUAUAAGAGAUUUUAUGUCUAAAGCAGUUGUGUCGCAAUUUAGGGCUCAUACUAGUCCUAUAUCGGCUCUAUGUUUCGACCCAAGUGGGACCCUUCUGGUUACUGCCUCUGUACAUGGGCACAAUAUAAAUAUCUUCCGGAUCAUGCCAUCACAAAAUGGAUCAGGAACUCAAAGCUAUGAUUGGAGUUCUUCUCAUGUGCACCUUUACAAGCUCCAUCGUGGCAUGACUUCAGCUGUGAUUCAAGACAUUUGUUUUAGUCAAUACAGCCAGUGGGUAGCUAUUGUUUCAUCCAGGGGAACUUGCCAUAUUUUUGUUCUAUCACCUUUUGGUGGUGAGACUGGUCUUCAAAUACAGAACUCUCAUGUUGAUGGCCCUAGCCUUGUACCUAUCCUAUCCCAUCCGUGGUGGUCUUCUUCAUCUCUUAUGACAAGUCAACUGUCUUUUCAUUCACCUCCACAACCUGCAACUCUUUCCGUGGUUAGCAGGAUAAGACUUGGUAAUUCUGGAUGGCUAAAUACAGUCAGCAAUGCUGCAUCUUCUGCAGCAGGAAAGAUUUCUGUGCCAUCUGGUGUUGUCGCCGCCAUUUUUCACAGGUCUGUGCAUUCCCAUAUGCAACCUGCUCUUUCAAAUGGCAACACUUUAGAGCACCUAUUGGUUUAUGCUCCUUCUGGUAACGUAAUUCAAUAUGAACUUCUGCCUUCAAUGGGGGGAGAACAUGGUGACUCUGCUUCAAGAGCUGGGACAGGUUCGUUGGUGCAGAUGCAAGAGGAAGAGUUACGUGUGAAAUCUGAACCUGUUCAAUGGUGGGAUGUCUGCCGAAGAGUAGAUUGGCUUGAAAGAGAGGAAUGCAUUAAUGGGAUUGCUCCUUGUGGACAAAAAGCUGCAGCAAUGGUCAUGGAUACUCUUGACUACGAAGAUAAUGAUACUGGGGAAAAAGAUUUGGUAAAGCCACAUGAACAUUCUCAUUGGUAUCUCUCUAAUGCAGAGGUGCAGAUACGGUCUGGGAGGAUACCAAUUUGGCAAAAGUCCAAGAUACAUUUCUUUAGGAUGAGUCUUCUUGGGGAUGACGAGAUUGAGAUUGACAAGAUUCCUGUUCACGAGGUUGAGAUAAAGCGGAAGGAUUUGCUGCCUGUUUUUGAACGUUUCCACAGGAUUCAGUCAGACUGGAGUGAUGACAGGGGCCUGGUUGGGGGGAAAUAUUCGACUUUAUCUUCUACUUCUCAUGGUGGUAAAGAGAAGUUUUCAGAAGAUGCUGUGAUUUCCCAUACUAAGCUAGUGUCACCUGGCUCACUUGAAAAUCUGGAUGUUGGGUCAUCAAAAACACCUGCAGCUAUAAAUGAUUUAGAUCAAACUGAUAGUUUGAGGUCUUAUCCUCACAUUGUCCUAACUGCAAAUGAGAGUGAUGGGGUUAAAGGACAUAAUGCCAUGUUAUUGUCUCCUCCACUGUACAAAAGGUCCUUCAAACAAGCUGAUAUAUCAACUUCUCGCAUUUCUUCUGUUGAAGAAAGUCGUGUCAUAAAUACUUCUUUACCAAAAGCUGGUGCACCUUCUGGAGGAACUACAGCCGCUGAGGUUCCGUCUUCAAGUAGUGUUGUGACCAGUGAAGCUUCAAACUCAAGCUCCAACCGUUCCGAUUUGAGUAUGAAUAUUCUUGACGAGGGGCCAGUGCAUGAUGAUAUGCAUGACCCACUAGAUUUUGGGCAAUAUUUUGAAGAGGAAUACUGUAAAGCAUCAAUUCAAGAUGAAUGCCCCGAAUUAACAGAAGUUGUUACUGAUGUUGACAGCAGUAAUAGUCCUUGCGACAAGGAGAAACCUGAGGAAGAUGGGGACGAUGAUGAUAUGCUUGGAGGUGUAUUUGUCUUCUCUGAAGAAGGUAGGAAAGUCUGAAAGAAAUUACUAGUUUCGUUUUCUCAAUCUGAUUAUUUUAUGAUCGUUACUAUGGUUCUUGGUUCUUUGUGAACUUGAUAUUUUUUGGAUUAUUUUUCUUAGAUGUGUGCCAUGCACAUGACUUCACACAAAACUAGUCUUCUCUUUAGAAUCUUUUGAUCACUGGGCUCAAAAGAUCUCUAGACAUAUAAAAUAAACAUGGGGUAUGCGAGGGUGCCCCAACUGAUUUUGGGUUGAAAUAAGUUCCCAAGUCCCCAGACUAUCACAAACCACGUGCAUUGGUAAAUGCUGAGGGGAUCAAAUGAUUCUAACCUAUAUAUGUCUGAGCCACUUAGCCAACUAAAGAAUCCUUACCAGUUAAUCUGACAAAACAUUAUA